UCUCCAGCCUUCCCCGUGGGUCGGUGUUUGAUUGCUCCUGCCUUUACCCCGUUGUGUUGCCGCUGUUAUCCGCUGCCGUUCCUCCGUUACGUUUCUUCAGCGUUUCAUCGUCCUCUCAUCGGUGGAACCGUUACACCGACUUCUCUGCUGGAUAAAUAAAGCCCGAGUCCGGCAGGAAGCAUGUCCACCGCCCUGGAGAGCUACAUCAACCGUACUGUGGCCAUCAUCACCUCAGACGGCAGGAUGAUUGUGGGCACACUGAAAGGCUUCGAUCAGACCAUCAACCUGAUCCUGGACGAGAGUCACGAGCGAGUGUUCAGCUCCAGCCAGGGCGUGGAGCAGGUGGUGCUGGGACUUUACAUCGUCAGAGGAGACAACGUCGCUGUGAUCGGAGAGAUCGAUGAGGAGACGGACUCCACUCUGGAUUUAGGAAACAUCCGAGCCGAGCCGCUCAACUCUGUCGUCCACUGACCUCUGACCCCCUACUCUCUGUCUCCAUGACCUGUUCGUUGUGCAUCCAGGAGUCUGUUUUCAGAAGGUUCACUGAGAUCUCAGAUCAACACAUCGGGACAGGUUAAAGAUUAAAAUAAGCUGAUUUUUUUUCAUUUAUCUCAGUGAACCUUCUCUUAAACACAGACUCCUUUUCAUUUGUUUGUAUUUUUAUAAAUGAACAUUAACUGAGGGAGCUGUUAGAUUGACUUUUUAUGCGUCGAGCCGUUUGUUUUGUCAGAUUGUUUAAUAAAGUUCCAUUUCUGAUAUUUUGA